AUAAUUUGGCAUGUACUCAUAUGUUCUCUCCAGACAAGCACAAAGUCAAGUUGAAAGGAGUCAUUUACUUCCAAGCUAUUGAAGAAGUAUACUACGAUCACUUGAAGAAUGCACACAAGAGCCCAAACCCCUCCCUGACCUUCAGCGUAAAGACUCACGAUAGGGUCUACUACAUGGUUGCUCCCUCUCCCGAAGCCAUGAGGAUCUGGAUGGAUGUGAUCGUCACAGGCGCUGAGGGAUACACUCAGUUCAUGGUGUAGUGAAGCAGAUGUACGGGCCUCGCUUGUUUAAAUGCU